UGAUAAUGAAUUGCAACAAUUUCAACAAUUAGAAACCUCAUGGCAAAUAAAGCUUUACACAAUUUUAAUUGACAGAUUUCUUAAGUGUCAUAUUAGAGCUAAUGACUGGUGGGCAUGCUCUGCUCCGGCUUGAUGAUUUGGGUGAUUGUGUUUCCAUGCUACUCAGACGAGUGGAGCUCAGAGAGAAACAUUGGUGUUGAAAAUGCUGAACUUGAAAAUAGUGAAAAUGCCUCGGAAGUCUCUGAAGAUAAGGCUAAUUCCAUUAAAGAUGAAGAGCCUGCCAAAUCACCAUCAAGUCUGGUGUUUGGUUAUCUCAACCUUGUCUCUGAUGGUGUUCAUAAUUUUACUGAUGGGAUGGCAUUAGGUAGUGCUUUCUUUCUUUACGGAUCGGUUGGUGGGUGGUCUCGAACUUUGUUUCUGCUCGCACACGAGCUUCCUCAGGAGAUAGGUGACUUUGGAAUCUUAGUAAGAUCCGGUUUCAGUGUUUCCAAAGCCUUGUUUUUCAACUUAUUAUCUGCACUGGUCGCUCUCGCCGGAACUGCCCUGGCAUUGGUGGUGGGUCAGGAUCCAGGCCAAUCAUCGUUGAUUGAGGGGUUCACAGCAGGCGGGUUUAUUUACGUUGCAGUGGCGGGAGUGCUGGCAGAAACAAACGGGGGAGGCCGCUCAUCGUCGGUAAGGAGUGGGGCCAUUCAACUGGUUUCUCUGGCAUUAGGCAUGUCAGUGGCUCUUUCAAUCUCUCUUAUUGAGUGAUGUUUUUUUUUUUGCUUAAUGCUAUCUUCACCAAUGAAUUUGGUGGGAUGUACAAUAUGCUUUGUAGCAAAUGUUUGAUUAAUUUAGCUUAUUAUUAUGUCUUAUUAAUACUCCAUUUGGUAAAGAAGCGUAGAUAUUAUUAUGCAUUAUGACUACUCAUAUAUACGAAUUAUAUGUACAAACUUUUGAGCACAAGUGUUAUAACCAUUGAAUGACAACAAAAAAUAUGGUGAGAUGACACGUGAUAUUAAAUUGUUGUAAUCCUU